AUGUCGGCCGACUACGCCCACUUAGACAACGACAAUGACAAUGACAUCGCCUCACCAACACAUUCGUUCCACACGCCUGACAAUCCGGACCGUCGCGCCUCGCCUUCACCUUCACCCUCAGGCAUCGACGCCUUCUUUGACGACGAAUACGCCGCUACUGCAGCCGCCACAGCCGCCACAGCCGCCGACCGCCAGUCCGAGGAGCCCUAUCGCGCUCCGCAUCUCCCCUUCAGCACUGGUUUCUUUGACCAUAUCCUUAACCCGGCCGGCCUCGACCACGGCAGAUACUCCCCGUUUGACUGGCGACCCUACCGCCCUCUACAACCAGAGAUGCCCCCUACCACGCGAGCACAUCCACAAGGGUCACAGGCUUCACAGCGACCUGACCGCCUGGCAAAUGGCUAUGUAGACCUGACCGGCGCUCCAGACUCGCCCCCUCGUACAAGGAAGAGACAGUCGCCUACGCCCGGCCCCUCAGCAAAGCGGCGCAAGAGAGAAGACGGCACGGCCAAGGAGGCUAAGCAGCAGAGCGUGGAGCCUGUCACGGUGGAAGAAGUCGAUUUGACUGAGAAUUCAUCAGUCCAACAGGUCCUGCAGAAGCAACGCGAGGAUGUCGUCAAGGCGCAAGCCAGGCCCGACGAGACGUUUACUACAUUCAACUCCUUUAAUUGCGUCAUCUGCAUGGAUAAUCCUACCGACCUCACAGCUACAGCAUGUGGUCAUCUGUUCUGCCACACCUGCCUCAUGGAAGCUCUCAUUGCCGGCGAGAACCGCACAGGUCCUCACGAGACCAAACGUUCACAAUGUCCCGUGUGUCGAAAGACAAUCAGUCGCAAUAAGCCCUCCGAUGUCAUACCCUUGCUGCUCAAGAAAGGUCUUUCGACACAGCCCCGGAAGAAGAAGACAGCUGCACCAGCCGCAACCACUUCACCCAAGGUAUCGUGA